GAUAGGCUCCACCACGAUCGAGUUAGAGCGGCCACGGUUAUGACAGCCCAGCCGGAGCACAACAACGGAGGAGAGGCGUGCGUCCCAGCUAUUCUGCAUUCAGUUCACCCAGUUGUGUUGGCAGUUUUCUAAACACCGAACCCCAUGGCUGACACCGUGGAUAUAUUCCUGAAAGCGAGGCACCGAACUUUCGUCGGACUGACAGAAGAUGUGGAGCGCGAGUGGACUGGUCCCUUUUACUUCAUCCAAGCUGCAGACCCCCAGCUUGGCUUGAUGAAGGCAUGGAGGGAGGGUGACUGUGAUGGAGGAGGAGACGAGUGGGCAGAGGAAGUACAGCUCACUAAACAAGCGGUAGAGGCUGUCAACCAGCUCAGACCAAGGCCACGCUUCAUGGUGCUGUGUGGAGACCUAGUACAUGCCAUGCCAGACACCCCAUUUAGAGAAGGUCAAGAGCAAGACCUGAAGAUGGCACUGAAGGACACGGACCCCUCAAUUCCUCUUGUUUUCGUCAGCGGCAACCAUGACCUGGGGAACACACCUACUCCCAGAACGCUGCAGCAGUAUUGCAGUGCAUGGGGAGAUGACUACUUCAGCUUCUGGGACUUUAAUUCCCAUAUCUCUCAGGUGGGCGGAGUCCUCUGUCUCGUUCUGAACUCCCAAUUGUUCUACGAUGCGUCUGCCUGCCCGCAGCAAAAAGAGGCCCAGGAGUCAUGGUUAGAGGAGCACCUGAGGAGAGCUUCCUCAUCCACUACAGAAAAAUCAAAACCCAUACACGUCCUGGUGUUUCAGCACAUACCUCUGUUUUUAAAGAACCCAGAUGAAGAUGAUGACUACUUCAACCUGCAGAGAGGUGUCAGACAGGAAUUGCUGCAGCGCUUCAAAAGGGCAGGGGUAAAGGCCGUCUUCUCUGGCCACUAUCACCGGAACGCCGGAGGUUGCCAUGACGGCCUGGACAUGGUGGUGAGCUCGGCUAUAGGCUGUCAGCUGGGUGAGGACACCCAUGGUGUCAGAGUGGUGGUGGUGACAAAGGAUGAGGUCGUGCACCGGUACCACAGUCUGGAGCAACUGAGGGAUGGAGGCAUGGAUGAGGAGCUGAAGAAGCUGCUGCAGGCGUGACAGUCUUCACCAGGAAUUUCCCGACCCAUUUCUGAGAGGUGACAGACUUCAUUUGCACCCCUGCAAAAAUGAUAAAUGAGAAUCUCUUUUUUUUUUUUUUUUAUCAAUCUGGUUGUUUGUCUUUGUCAGGUGUUGUUAUAACCAAAAACAAUACUACAAAGUAAUUACUGUUCAUGUCAUCCUAUUAUUGUAUUCACAUGUGAAUUAAUUUCAACAAUAUGUAUUGUAUUGUCAUAAGCCAUUCACUUUUUAUGUGCUGAGUACACAGGAAAAUAAUGAACUACAAAAGUUUCCAGUAUGAAAUUCAAAUUUGGAGGACAUUUCACUUUCCUUUCACUUUCACUUUUCAUCACUUUCAAGGGGUUAGGAUUUACUAGAUUAGAGCAAAGCAGUAAUCUAAUAAAAUGAAGCCGUUGCACAGGUUUGUGUAAAUAAAUCCACUAAACUUAUUAAUAAAUGUGCUCCCACCAUAAAUUAAAAUACUUUUUUUUCUUUAAUCAUGUAAAAGUCCUUAAUCAUAGGAUGAAGUUAUGAAGUUGCCAAAGAUUUAGGGUGAAUUACAAUUCCUUCCUUAAUCCUUCAACCUCAGUCCUCAACCUCAAAAAUGCACAUUCCUGCGAAGUUCAAGUUACUUUACUUUACUUUAGAAUUGAGGACUACCCGAAGUGCUUUAGGUAUUUUCAGGCAACAAAAAAAUGGCGUCAGAGAACAAAGCAAACUUCAAAUGCUAAUGCUUUCUUUGUUAACUAAGAUAUCAAUAUUAAGAAAACCAUCUUAGUUUAUGCUCAUUUUAUGGAUUAUUUUCCACAUUGUUGCAUCUGUUUUUAUUUUUCAGUGUUUGUCAGUAGCGGUCAUUGCAAAUGAGCCAUGCUAUCCUUAAUGUUAUAGCUUCUCUAUUGUAGUGGUUUUAUCAAGAUAACAGCCUUAAUGGUAUAAUAUGACCAGUCUAAUGUCAUCUCCUGCUGCUGCAGAGUUAUCUAACAAUAGUUAUUGCUGGGGUUUAGAACCGGUUGUGUUAGAACUGUAGCGUGUGACGUGACCACUCAAUGAAACAACAUACUGAGCAGGUCUGAACAAUGAUUUUCACUUCAAAUUCACAACGCGAGCUAAUAGAAUGUUGUUUUUUAAGUACAAAUUAUGGAGCGCACUUCAGCAGUGAAUACAGCAUCUCCCUGUCUCCCUGCCCGGUUGGCUGGUGACCAUACAGUAGCUGUUCAACCCAAGUCGAAAUUGUUUUGACUUUCCCACCCACGUCUCACACUGUUCCUCUUUAUUCGAUUGUCUGUCUGUUGUCCAUGGUGUCAUGUAUCAAGUGCAGCCGGCUCUAACCAUCGUCAUGGCGACUCAUCCUGCAAAGUGUGAGUUACUGAAUGCCACUUUUGUGCAAUGCUGCCCCCAUAGUUGAGGGUGUAUCUGCAUUCAUGGGGUGUCCCAUUUCUAAGUUCUUAGUUGGUUUUGGUAUUUGGUAUUGAUUUUUUGGGUUAAGGACUGAGGACUCGGGGAGGAAUUGUGAUUCACCCAAUGCCUAGUCUUUUUUGGACUGGUGCGCCACCAUGCAUUUCAUCAUGGUGUACGACUACAAAUGUCUUUUAUAGGUUGAUAUUGCUCGGUGGUUACUCUGGGGCGCUCGAGACAAAGUGGGAAAAUAAUCAACAGAGCACUUAGUAAUGUCACUGUCCCAAAGUAUCUCUAAGACAUGACAAACAAUUAUGGAGCUAUUGCAGCCAGUCACCAACUUAACUUCAUGGAACUGGCUGGUAGCAACUGAAGUAUCUUACAGGCUUAAAGUUCAUGUGCUUUGGUCUAAGCCAAUCACUUUUAUGGAAGGAAACCAGAAGCUAAAUGUAAAAGAUGUAGCAAAUAGAUCAUCCAUUUUCUGAGGUGCAAUCGCGUGUGUGUCUAACAAUAUUGUUAAUUCUGUAGUUGUGAUGACAGACAUAGGAACUCUGUCACACAAAACUAAAAGGCAAUGUAUUUUUGGUGAAUCUCAAGCCCUUUUUUUGUGUCUUUGAUAUGUACAUCAUAGGAUUAAUGAAAACCACCAAGGCCUAGGUCUACUCUGCACUCUCCACUCUGCACCUGCAUCUUUAAGAGGUGCUCAACCACAAUGUCCAUUUUUCCUUCUCCAGGCUGAUACUGCAAACUAACCAUGACUCUUGUAGCUCUCAUCUCACCUCACUUGCAAAACAACAAACUUAUAACAGCCCUUCUGUUUCUGACUUGGAGGUGUCUUCAUCCGGGCCACUUCUUUCUUCUGUUGCGUUCACACACUGAGCAAAAGUGAAUUUAACUGACAAGAGAAGCAUUUGAUGGGGGCAAAUCUUGUCAUCAGCAGGGAGGCCUUUUCAUGCAGGCAAACAUCGCAUCAGAAAAUAUUAAGAGAUUCCAUUCCAUCUCAUUUAACUAAAGUAAUUUAAUCUUGCAUUUUGGUUUAUUCUUCAUUACACAAACCAAAUCAUUGAGAUCAAUUACAAACUCCAGCUUUCAGGAAAUGAUCGCGUGAAUAAUGAAUUGUCUACAUGAGUGUUCAGAUUUUGUGGAAAUCACACUUUUUAAGAGAUAAAAAUUCAAUUUUUAUUGUAUUUUUAUUUGAAUUUUAACAGGUCGUUUUGACACAGUAGAUGGAGUUGAUUGGAUUUCACUAAGAACAGAAUUUCUUUGAUUUGAAAAAGCUUUUUUAACAUUGGCAUUUGACACAUUUAAAAUUCUUGAAAAGAGGUGUUGCACAAAUUUGAUCAGUUUUUUUUUCUCUCUCUCUCUUUUGUUCUCUUCAGUUCCGAACCUCGCAGGGGGGCGAACCAGCCAAAAGUGUUCUGUUGUGUAAUGGAGAAACAAAUAUGAGAGAGAAAAAAAGAGACUCAUCUCCGCAUUAGUCUUAAAAAUAAACAUGUGGAACAGAUUUUUGUUUCAGUGAUUACAUAAUUUAGACAAA